UGUCGUUUCCGACGCGCGGCAGGCCGCCGACCACGUGCGUCACUAAGGUAACAGCAUUGUGGGAGCAGACGAUAGUUAAGCGCGCGCGUGCCUUCCAGUGCUUUUCUCGCGGUGAAUGAUGAUUUUUCCUGCACGAAGCAGUGUAGAAACGACAGUGCAUUUGGAAGGAAAGGGUGUAUGCGGUAGUAAACUACAAGUUACUGUCAACAGCAAUUUAUUAUCUAGUUUGUUUAGUGAGAUAUAACAACAAAUCUUGGGAGUAGCAGACGAUAAAUAGAUCUACUUCGAAAUGGUGGCUUAACUUCCAGUGGAUUACUUCUGACAGUGAGUUGUGUCAGCAACAACUGAUAAGUAUUCGGCCAGAUAACUUUCCUUCUGACGAGACUUCGAGAGAGACGAAGGAUUUAAGAAAGUCUCGGCUGGAACAUCCUUGUCGUCAAAAUCAUGGUCUCACCGACGAAUUUUCGUAUUUCUGGGGAAACCGAUAACCAGAUGGUUACAGAGUCCGAAUCUGGAGGCGAACGCAGAGUAGUUGGUUCGAUAUCCUUGUGGAGCAGCGACCUUUCCCCAAGUCGACCACUUAUUGAGUGGAUGCAUGACUCCUCAAAGGGUUGGGGAAGAUAAGACAGCGAGGGAAAUAUGGGCACCGCCCGCACAAAAAAAAGGCUGGCCUCGAGACAGGACAUUCAGUUUGCUGUAAGGAUACUGGAAAAGUAAUAACAGUCGCUCGUUUGUGGCAGGCUGUACCCGGAUACUGAAGUUGGAGGGAGUCUGUACCCGGCCUGCGACGAGAAGACCCAGUAGCUCUGGAUUACGCCCCGGCAUGGGAUUAACUUUGGGAUUUCCACGCACUGUGACAUGCGGCCAUUUAGUCUGUGUGACCGUCCAAAUGAAAAAUUAAAAAAAGAGUCGCGUGGAAAGUGCGGACCACCCACCUUGUGGUGGCGGAAUCUCCAGAGAGAGGCAUUGCUGAUGGUGUUCAUUUUACAGGCAAAUUACAUUCUCCAGGGAUUGAAGCUAUUGUGAUUCCUGCGUCGUUUGAACAAUUGAUUGGAGUUUCUGCGCCGUGAAUCUCAACUUCAGUGAGCGUGGUUCCCACAGCUUUCUCUGUCGGUCGUGUUGUCUAACGAACGGUGAAUGCAGCCAGGCCACAACAGGUACAAGUGGUUUUGAUGGUCUUUGUUUGGACUUAUUUCCAUUCGCAGGACAGCGGUAAUUAGGGCACAGGACACAGGUGAACAGGAUAGGUACUAUUGUUUUCAGGACGAAUAGGAUGGAUAUCUGUCGAUAGGACAAGUGUUGUAGAGCAACAGUGUUUGCAGGUGUUGCAGGAUACAGGUGGAGAGGAAAAGGUUUUUAGGACACCAUGAAAAAGAAUCUGUAUUGUAGAACAUGUAAACAGGUGUUGGGGUGACUAGGAGAGAUGUUGCAGGAUAGCUGUAUAUAUGUCAGGUCUUGCAGGAUACAGGUGAACAGGACGGGUGCAAGUUUGUCACAGUGACCAAGACCAAGAAAGAAUAAUAAGCAUAGCUACGUCAUCACUGCGCCAAUGGAGAGGAAUAAGUGCGCUUAGCUACUGGCUAAGAGUCACGCGUGAUAGGAACACCUGUGCCAUGUGACCAGCACGAUUACCUUUGUCGGCUUACACCUGUUGCGCAACACCCAGCAAGUAUUCCUCCUUACCAACAUGACAUUGAUACAAGCUGCCAUCUGACGAACUGCGACUCACUUGUAAGCUGUCUGAGGGAGAUGGGGCGGCGGUUUCUUCUCAGAAAAAGGUUGCUUGCGAGGAUGACUGCUCAUGACUCAGCCUAAUUCGCAUGGGAUAUAUGGAGAGCUGUGAUUGGUCAGAAGAGUCGAUCAGUAUGGCGCUGCCCUUUCGCAGCUCAAAGAUCAGAAGCAGCAGACGGUCCAGAACUCGCAAAGCAGAGGAGGACGCACAGCAACGGCUAACCGGCGACGCGCACUGGAGCAAGCUCCUGCAGGUCAACGGGUCCGAUGCUGACGCCGCCCUCGUCCGCCGCCUGUCCAGCAAACGCGCCAAGUCGCCCACAGGUGUUUCCCAUGGACGCAAGCGUUCUCGCGAGCCCUCGAGCGAGCGUACAGCCUUCCACCCUGGUGGCGAUGGUGGUGUGAGUAGCGGAGGAGGUGGAGGUAGAGUAGGACUAGGCGAUGAAGCGAUGUGUAGCGUGCGAGUGGUCGCCCCUCGGCCUCGCGACGGUCUGCUGGCCACCAUCGCGUCUCGGAUCCGCCACUGGCUUCAGUCGCGGCGGAAGUACGAGAUCUCUCCCCGAGAUCCCUUCCUCAACACCUCGUCUUCCUCUGCCGUCUCGACGCCGAGCAAAGAGCAGAAAGGUGUCAAGGACGCGGUCAUCAAGGACACUGUGAUGCCGGACUGUGACGCCGUGCUCAACCGUUGCGGCGCUGGACGCCUCAGUCCUCGUUUGCCGCAGCGCCUGCCCAACGGUUUCGCCGCCGCUACUGCGGCCGAAACGGGAAAGAUCCCACUGCAGCGGUCCCCUGUAGCCCCGAGGCACUCAAAGAAACAGAAAUCCCCCUCCACUCCUUCCAAAAUGGUCUCGGCAGUAGCAGCGGCCGCAGCCAUCACAUUCACCUCCUCUAAACCCUCGCCAGUGGCGCCACUCAAGGCAAAGUCGAAAAGCCCAGUCGUGGACAUCAAGAUAGAGGUGGUGGACGUCUCUGGUCACUCGCCUUCCGCCCUCAGCCCCUCCGCCCACCGCUUGCUGGCCAGCUCGCGGCGUCACCUUUUGCGGCAGUCGCGCAGCAAGCUGAAAGAUCGUGCAGUGCUCAUCACCUCCCUCAUGCCGGAUGCCUCAGCCUUGUGUCACCAGCCCCUCACCACCACCAUCAGCUGCCCUCCACAGGCCGAAGUCGUGGCGGGAGCUGCUGGCUUCGGCGACCCGCUUCUUCAGUCAGCCCUUCGGCGCUGCCACUCCUGGCCGCUGCCCAGAAGGAAGGCUAUCCCGGACGACGACGAGUGUCCAGACAGUGCAAAAGAAGAAGCCCUUCAGAGUGCUGGGCUAAAUGGACAGGAAUCACUGGAAGACUGUUCCAUUCGGUUUGAUGACCUAGAAAUCGGCGAGUGUAUCAAAACUGGUCGAAGGUGCAAGAUUUAUAAAGCCCGCUGGCAUGGUGACGUCUACGUCCACCUGUUCGGCGAGUUGGUCAAGCGGCCGGACCGAGAGGGUUUCUGGCGUGACGUAGCCAAACUGUGUCGUAUACGUCACGAGAACAUCAAUCUGUUCAUGGGAGCCUGCACUAUGGCGCCCAACCUCGCCGUCAUCACCAGCUUCAUCGCCGGCAAGUCGCUGUUCGAGCACAUUCACGUGCAGAAGGAGAAGAUGACGCUGCACACGCGCGUACAGGUGCUGCAAGGUGUUGCGCAAGGUAUGGGCUACCUGCACGCCAAAGGCAUCGUGCUGCGCAAGCUCAACACCUCCAACAUCUUCCUGACCCCCCGGGUCAAGGUCAGCGCCAUCGAUUUCAGCCUGUCAGAAGCCAGACACAACAGGAAAGAUUACGCCACCAUUCCUCGCGGUCACCUGACCUACGUGGCCCCUGAACUACUGAAGACGCUGAGAAUUGUUCCUCCUAGACUCGUGCCAAAGUCAGCGCCUUCCCCCGAAUCAGAUGUCUUCGCUUUCGGAACCAUCAUGUACGAGGUGCUGGGAGGAUCCUACCCGUACCCGGGGUUCCCUCCAGAGUCCAUUAUCUGGAGCGUGUGUAGUGGUCACCGACAGAACCUGAGCCACGUCAACUGUACCCUGCCGCUCAAGACGCUGAUAGAAGAGUGCUGGUCACAAGAGCCGCUGUACCGCCCGGACUUCCCCGAGCUUAGCAAGGAGCUGCACAAGAACUCUCCCCAGUACAAGCGGCACAGCUCUUCAGAACCGGAGCGAUUGAACCGCAGCCCCGGCGUUCUAGAAUGAUCUUGGCGGCGGAUGCACAUAUCAGUUGGAGCAGCUACCACCCGAGUGUUUGUUGAGUGCGUCUAGUGCUGGAGCUUGGCGCUGUCCGUGCUACCGCACCCGGCGAGAGAGACACGGAACAUUGUGCACCGACCGCCUCGACGAAAGGUGGUAUUUCGUGGGGUCCUUUUGAUUCUGCGCCAUCCAAGCCAAGCCAAGAAAAUUUCAGCUUCCAAGAGUCUGGUGGUGUUCUCAGUAUUACCGCGAAAAAAAAAACAAAAACACCCCACUUCGUGAUUGUGGCAGAGACUACUUGCUCUACUGGCCUGUGAGCCUGUUUUAUCAGUUUUUAAUCGUUUUCCUUUUGCCUCCUCUGCCCUUCCCCACCACUACCCUAAUCCCGGCCUGGCCUUACAAAGUUGGAGAGACUCCAAAUCAGCUUUUCG